CCCAUAUCAGCAUUAAGCAUUUAAGCUUUGGCAACGUUGUAAAUUCGCGGGUUUCAACAUUCUUGCAAAUAUUGAAGCGCGUCGCAACCAAAGAUAACAACUUCUUUCUCUUAUUAUUCCUCCUCUUCUUCUCAUUCCUACCACUUCACAUGAAUUCGAUGCACAAUCAACUGCGCAUUGUCUGCUGAUAGCUGCAGCAAUGGCAGAACCACUAUCCGACGACCAUUACCUACCUCCAUUGGAACCGUGCCUGAAAGGCGAGAAUGUUAUUCUAUCAUGGAAGAUCAUAGCUUCAGCAUUGACAGACCCUUCUGGCCAUCGACAGAGUAGUCGUGCUGUCAUCGAUUAUCUCACCGAUCCCCUGGUCCAAUCCUUCUUCACCAAACCUGGCUCUGCUUUCGAUCCCCCAAGCGACAAGAAUACUCACCAUGCAAGCUUCGUCAAGAAAACGGCUGCUAUUCAAGUAACUCCUACCUCGAACGAGAAGUACGAUAUCAACGUCGUUAAAGAGGAUGCUCUUUGGUUAAGUAAGAAUGCUCGUAUAAACGAGAUCGCUGCUCUUCGGGUCGUUGUCGUUGAGUUCCAAUCGCGCCCCCGGAAUCAGCUCCUAGGCCCAAUUUCAAAUCAAGAUGUCGCAAAUCUGCGAGAGGCAGCUGGUGCUGCAAAUGCGCAAACAACCAAUAUUCUUCCCGGGUUCAAUAUCGGGGGCACCAUCGACGCGGAUGAAAUACAAGCAAACUUUGAGAAACCGGAGAGUAGAAAGCAGCGCAUAUUCCAGACUUACCUUGACGAAUGCCGUUACUACGCUGCUACGAAUGACUACAUAUUCACGUUGAUAUUGCAGGAACACCUGCCUGCCUCUCCUACAACCGACGCAUCGAGGAUGAUCCGGAAAUCCUAUCUGGAGGCGUAUGGCAUGUCUCCUAAGCAGCCACAGAAAUCUCCCGGUGACACGCCUACCAAAACAUUCCACGCGCUAGUGACUCAGUACUUAAAUCUAAUACCAGACUCAAUAUCGCGCUCGCAAGCUGGGAUCGAUGCGACAGUGGAGGACAAGAGCCUUCUGACAGACGAGCUCGGUUGGCGAUGGGUCCAGACAUGGCUUACCGAGGCUCUUCAUCGGAUGGUCGUGGUCUUUCAGCUACUGGAUUUGUCAAGCGAUAACUUCGUAUCGGUUCAGGUGGCACAGCAAUGGUUUUCUUUAGUCGGUGCAUUUGGCUUCUUGAACGAGCUUCAAGCGAUGCCAGAACAUAUAUCAGAGUUAGCGGUUCCAUUGCAAUGCCUCACAUGCAUCAUCUCCUUAUCUAUCCUCAAUUUGCCGAGGAUGAUGGCGUUCUUCGAAGGGGAGGUAGAGUUGAACACAGACGACGAAUACCUCGCCUCUUCGAAUGUCCUUGAAAUUAUUCACGAUGUCCUGGAUAACGCGGUUAGCUUAGGUUCAUUCUACGCUAUCCCAGUGUUGUUUGCUUGGGUCCCGGUGGUCCACGCUAUGUUCUCAUCUUACCAAGAACGAGCUGAGAGGCGUGAUGCUAUCCAGAAUGAGAAAGCGGUUGAAAACUACGAUUCAGCUACGCAGAUGAUUCCAACGGCAGGGAGAAGGAACUCUGCUGGGAGCAUCACCACCAUUGAUAAGCGGAGAUAUGACGAUUUUCUCAUUAAUAAGAACUUCGAUCGCGACUUGAAACGAAUUGAAAUACUUGCAAAGGUGGUUAUAGAUAAAGGACAUGCCUACGAUGUCAUUGCUGCGAUGUCGUCGCAUCUCGGCACAUCUAGCGGCGCCAUAUUUCCUACUUCGGUUGGCUCGCGUAUGAGGGUCGCGUUUCUAGACCUGCUUAAGGUCACUUAUCCUUUUGUAGGAUAUAAGGCGGAACCAGUCCAUUCCCUGCUAUCAAUACUGUCUGGGGGUCAAGGCUACUGGGAUCUCGGGCAACCAAAUAAUGCCCCUGCGGAACACGACAUACGUAACUUGGCCUUACAUGACGACAUCAUUGUCGAAAGUUAUUUUCACCAGGCGCUGAACCGUUUCCCGUACGAGUUCAUGCCCUUCCUCACAUUGUGCCGCACACUUUACUGCUCCGCUCACUUCACCGAAGAGAGUAACCAUGAGCUCAUCCUUCGCUUACUACAAAAAACACCCACCCUCACAUUUGUCUUGCCAGAAGAUUUCAAUGAAUACCACCUCACCGAUGAGGAGGACAACUCCAACGCAAUUCGUUUUUUUGAUGACUUUCCCCUUAUUUCGACUGUCUUAAACCGGAGACAAUUAGCGACGGAAGACGACCCAUUCGUCGUGCCUGCGGGCACGUAUGGCCGCUUUAUUGUAGACGAGGGGAAAAUUGUGCAAGUAGAAUAUGAGCACUCCGCCCUGGCCCUACUUGGGAAGAGACUAGAUGCCAAUAUCGCCCCGAAGAAGUAUAACCUGGCGCUUGGAGCACUCGCUAUAGACGAGGUUGCAGAGGUGAUAUCGUUGCUCGCAACGUUGAUACGCAUAGAAUGCCUCAGGACUGCGAGCUCGGAUGAAAAGGCUUCUGAGAUACCAGAGACCGCGUUGGCUAUCGUAGGAGAAGCUAGCCGAGCACUAUCGCGGACUAAAGACAUCAUAUCAGUUGUCUGUGACACUCUAGACAUGCUUCUAGAUGGCGACCCGGAUGACGAGGGGCUAGCCGCUCUUGUAGCUUGUCUACAAUUUUUACACGCCGUCCUACCGAUAUGCCCUGGCCGAGUUUGGUCAUACAUGUCGCGGUGUACCAUUCUAGGUAGCCAAGGUCAGGGGGGGCGACUGGCCAGACUGGUUGGAAAUCUCGACUUGUCGGGCGUUCGAUUCCAGCUACUCGUGUCUUCUAUGCGCCUCUUUUCCAGUCUCGUCGACAGCGCUAUGAGCAGCUCAGUACGGCGUAAAACGAACGUAAAGAUAAAUACCCGGCAAAAACAAAGCUACGAUAUCUGGCUUGGCGUUUCGGACAAGAUAGUCACCCAGAUUUCCCUGGCAAUUGCCCGCACAGCCAUGGACGUGUUAGAAAAUUCGUCUACGUGGAGGUUUUCAUCCCACUUAGAUCGAAUACUCCUCGUGCGCGACGUAGUGCCUAUCAUGGACAAAGUCAUCUUCUACACGUUCAACAUGGACGAUGUGAAGGGAAAGACGUUCUUAAUGUCAGCUCUGGAGCCAGCAGCCAAAUAUGUAAUUGAUAGUUUUCUGGCGCCGUCAGCCGGAAGUCUCCGUAUCCAACCGCUUCUGAUAACGCUGGUGGCUGCAACCCAGCCCUUUGGCUGUACGGUCUAUGCCAACAAGACGGAGGCUUUUCGUGCCCAAACCGAGGCCGUACUGGGGCUUACGAGAAGCUUGGUAAGAAUAGCAAACUAUUUCGACCAGCCUUCCACUACAGUCGAGCACCAGUUGUUUAAGAUAACGCCCUUUGUUGCCCGUGUUUGCGCCUGUCAUGACGCUUUCAAGGGACCAGCUAUUGAACUGCUAGAAGCAUUAGUGAUCAGCGCUGGUAAAAGCACCGGAGAGCCACCUUCGCUACUGGGAUACCUUGGUCCACAGACGUCUCGUUCAUUCCUUCAACUCUUGUCAACGUUAGAUAGACCUUUCAACCAAGCCCAGGAAGUUAACGCAAUAUGGCGAUUCUUCUCUACCAUUGUUAGAAACAGGCAACAGUGGAUGGCGAACUGUCUUCUCACGGGAAAGACUCCUCGUGAUGCUAAGAAUGGUAACAGUAAACCGACAGAAGCAUCGUCCAGUUCGGUUCUCACUUCCGCUCUCGAUCGGCUUGCGUCUAUAUCUAAAAUCGAGGAGUCUGAGGUACUCUCGAUUUUAGAUUUUAUCACCUCGGCACAAAACUUCUGGCCAUGGACCAUCUUUACCAUGCAGAAGAACACUGGUUUUCUCACCGAGCUCCGGAGCUUCGUCCGCGAAUUGAAACCUUCUUCUAUCGUUUCUAAAACCAAUGCAUUGCAAGCCUGUAACGACGCUCGUAUCGCCGCAUAUGUUGCCGAGGUUUUCGCCAUGCAGCUCUUCCAUCUUCGACAGAUAGGACAAGGGAGCACAUUCGCUAGCGACCUGACGCGGGACUUGGAUUAUUAUCUACGGGAUGGUGUUGCAGUCUCUAGCUACAACAGAGGUCUACAUGUUAAUUUCUCUCGGAAUUUUAGCAACCAGUAUGCCGGCUAUACCCUCGAUAACUUCAAGCGAACUUUGCUUGGACCCCGGUCUCUGGGGGCUGGUUUCUACUAUGCCAUAGAUUUUGCAGACAGCAUGCUUGGAUUUGAUCCAGGUUGGAUCGGCCCCCGGAAUAAUGGAUUCAGAAGUGAGAUGGAGAAGGCUAAUAUCAAUCUAUCAUUAGUCGACGCUCAAAUCUCUCUAUAUCAUGCCUGGGAAUUUCUAUUGCUCGAACUUAGCACUUGUUUGCCGAGUAAUGGCACCUUGAAGAAGCACUCUUUACAGGUUGCUCAACAAUGCCUAGAGGCGAACGAAGAUACGCAGGGCCACGACCAAGUAUUCGAACGGCUUGCAGAAUCGCGAGUCAAUCUGGCGCUCAUGUUGGUCCAGAGAGUCGUCGAUAGCGCCCCAUCGCCUGGCGAUAUUUCUCAGCUCCUAACAGCAAUAUGGGCAACGGUCAGCAGUGUUCAAGAACCAUACUCGCCAGAGAAUAUUUCGCUCCAUCGAAUGCUUCUAAAGCUGCUUUACGUUACGUUGCGAGCCCAGGUCCGAGCACUGGCAAGUGUAGGGCCUGAGAAGCUCGGGAAUGGCCUAUCCGCCGCUACAGUCUCUCAGACUGCCUUGAGCAUAAUUGAUAUCGUCGUUGCUAGAGGAUUUCGAACCCUGGUUUCAUUAGUCCACGAUUCACAGCCCUCCAUUUUACCGGGUGACGUCGCUCUUAUCAACGCUAUCCUACAGGCUUGCCUUUGCCUCCCGGGCAUGGAUCAGAACCAGACACAGAUCCUAAAUAUCCUGGCCACCCAUGAUGCCGUACAAGCCGCUGUGUCGCUGUACUCGUGGGCAGAUAAGUUAGCUGACCAGGGUGAUCCCAUAUAUGGUGAAUUGUCCCUCAUUUUUCUACUUGAGCUAUCCACGCUUCCUCUAGUAGCAGAGCAACUAGCUUGUGAUGGCCUACUCAAUCACAUCACGUCGGCUAACUUGGCGACUUACUUGCGCCGAUCAAACGUGAAGCCUUUUGCUGACUCCGUUGGCCUUCAACGCUGCUACAGCAUAUGGGCGAAAGGCAUUGUUCCUUUACUGCUCAACAUCCUGGCAGCCUUAGGCACUACGAUCGCCUCGGAGGUCGCAUACGUGCUCAACCAAUUUCCAAAUCUCAUGCAAUCCAGCGUUGACCGAUUCGAACCUCCCGACGACAGUCGAAGACGAGAUCGCAAUGACCGCGAUUACAUAACACUUUUGUCGGUGUCCGAGAUACACUCGCUUGCUCUCAUGACACGUGUACUAGGAACUUUACGUGCGAAUAAUGCGAGGGACGUCCCUGCUGUUGAAUGGGACUCGGCAGGAUUGGUAGAGAGCGUCGAGUUCUGGAUAGACCGUCGUAAGCUUUUGAGGGAGAGGCUGGUGACGUUGGGGCCGCGAGAAGCGGAAUGGAGGAGCAUGCCAUCCUCUGGCCGAAACAGAACUAACGGGCUUGAGAAUAAGCUCGAGGAGAAGGUAAUCGAGCAGUUAGAACUUGUACGACUUGUGCUCGGUGAAGGUUUAGAAUGAGUACAGCAUUGGGGAUACAGGCGGGCAAUGAUAAUCCUCGGCCUCUAGGCAAUGACCCGUUGGUAGCAAUGGCCAAUUUAUACACUACAAAGCCUCCAAAGCUUGAAUCCAUAGCGGUGUCUCGCA